CUGCGCUCUCUCUUCUCGGCUGAGUGGAAACAUCAUGUGUCUGUGGGACGCCAGGAGGAACAGCCCUGUUUCUCCACACUGAGGCCAGAUUUGAGGAAGGACUUGAGGGAGGAAAGAAGCUGAAAUGACCUUGGAUUAGGAGUAAAUUAUCAAGGGGAGAAUAGAACUAAAGGCGCAGAAGCUUGAGCAUUUUUAAGGAUCUGUAUGGUAAUUAAAUCUCACCACCUCAAAUCCUGUUAUUCCAUUGGGGGAACACCCGUGUUUCUCCACUCUUGGAUUUGAAGAUUGUUCUUGCAUUUGGAGUAGACUAUCUAGCGGAAACAAGGAACCAAUACACAAAGUACCCAGUUCAUUUGGAAGGAUAUAUUCUGGGAUUUUAUCCCAAAUCAAACCUGGAUAUGCAAUGCUGGCCCAGAAGAACGGGCUUCCUCCGGGCUGUAAACCGGUCCCUCUGAAGGAUCGACCGGACCUGCGGGAUGUGGACGUGACCGCAGAAGGGUGUUGCUCCCUCUCUCCCUCCCCAUCGUCAGGAGGUUGUCCCUGGGCUCGGCUGGCUGGCGUGGACGGCUGCCUGUCGGAGCCGUACUGUCUUUGGUUCCAGCUUUUAGCCCGAGCUUAUUGGGGAGAGGUGGAACUGGGGCUGACGAGUCCCAACCGUAGCGUGUCCUGGGCUCGGCUCAGGGAAGCUUCCAGGAGGAAUUGUGUCCGAUCCAGGGCCAAGCAGAAGGAUGGGUUGGAUCAGAGUGAGGCAUCAGCUCUGGCCUCUCCUGGGGCUGAGGAGGAGCCUUUCUCCUGGCCGGGGCCGAAGACGCUUCACUUGCGCCGGACCUCACAAGGCUUCGGGUUCACACUGCGACACUUUAUCGUCUACCCGCCUGAGUCUGCCGUCCACAACUCUCUGAAGGAUGAAGAGAAUGGCAGCCGUGGGAGACAGAGGAAUCGUCUGGAGCCAAUGGACACCAUAUUCGUCAAGCAAGUGAAGGAGGGAGGCCCCGCCCAUGGAGCUGGACUCUGUACAGGGGACCGGAUAGUGAAGGUGAAUGGAGAGAGCAUCAUCGGAAAGACCUACUCACAAGUCAUAGCCUUGAUCCAGAACAGCGAUGCCUCACUGGAACUCUGUGUGAUGCCAAAGGAUGAGGACAUUCUGCAGCUGUUUUCAAGAGAUAUCACUGCUCUGGCGUAUUCCCAGGAUGCAUACCUCAAAGGAAAUGAGGCAUACAGCGGAAAUGCCCAGAACAUCCCAGAGCCCCCUCCUAUAUGCUACCCACGGAUAGAAGUGAAGGCUGCGGGCAUGGCUCAAGCGUCAGAGCCUGCCACCGUAAGUGAGACCCCCAAAGGGCCGGCUCAGGGACCAGAAAGACGAGGAGCGGCCACAGAAAAGAGCUACAGGGUGGAAAUCCCUGUUCCGCCAUCUCCUCCACCCCAACAGACGACAAAGUCUCAGACGGUGGUUUGUGUCUGCAAUGAGAAUGUCAGGACAGUUGCCAUGCCUCCUGAUCCAGUAGAUAGGGGGUCCCGGGUGGCUCGGGUUGGUCCCAGCCAUAGGACAGAAGACAACCGGUACAGUCCAACAGCGGAUUCCGGCUCAGCUAGACCCAGGCCACUUAUUCCCUCAAUACCUGGGGGUGCACAGUUGCAGUACCCCUCUUCCCGUCAGACAGUAUCCCCAGUCUACUCGCCUUCCUCAAGUUCUCGACCUAGCCCAAUCUAUCCUGACACCUUUUCUCCAUCUGUACGAGCACCUCUUACCCUUGCCUCCCCAGACACAUUCUCUGCUGCCAUUUCACAAAGCGCCAACCUCUACUCACCCUCUCCAACAGCACCAUCAACAUCUCCUCACCAGAACAUUGACUGGAAAAACUACACCACCUAUAAGGACUAUAUCGACUCAAAGAGGCUGCACACAUAUGGCUGCCGCACAAUCCAGGAGCGCUUGGACAGCUUGCGUGCAGCUGCCAAUUCCACAUCAGCUUAUGCCCAGCAACGUCAGCCGCCUCCCCCAAGCACAAGUCAGAGAGGGGUGCCAGUCUUCCAGGGCAGACGAAGAAGCACCUCCAAUGAACGUGGGGUGGAUGCUAGUAUCCACGGUUCUGCAUUGACCCCAUUACGUAGUGCCUCCCAAGAGAGGCUUGGGGGUGGAACAGAGAGGGCAAUACCAAUCAGGAAUUGGCCUCGAAGUGCGUCAGAGGAUGCUCUGCCUUUCUCGAGCCCCACAGGAGUCACCAAAGCUCGGGCCCGGUCUUGUGACUACCUGGGGCAUAGACCUGGAGAGCCAGGUGGGGCGUUCUUUGAAGAAAGAGCAGGGUUGGAGGACAGGCCGCUAACGUGCCAGAUCGAGGAAGCCAGUAGUAGCAGGCCAGGAGCAGGUCUGAGAGCUUUACCUCACCUGAACAGGAGUCUCAGUGGCCAGGAACCAGAGGUUCGAAGAAGUGGAUUAUCUAACUCUGCUUUAGCUGCUCCUGUGUUUACUAAAGGUACGACAGAUUCUGUUCUACCAUCAAGGACAGACAGUGUAAUUUUGAGACCAUCACGUUUGCCUGUCAAGAACUCCUUCUCAGACCUCUCGCCUGCCUUAUCGUCCACCAAAACCAAGGACCCUCCUAAAGACCAAAGAGCUAACAUCAUGGGCAACCACCUGGGCUACUCAUCCCCUCUGCACCUUCAGUUCAGAAGCAGGGCUGACAGUCUGAAAAUGGAGAGCAGGUCUGAGGCUGGGUUGGCAGCCCGAUCUUCCUCUUGCUCUGGUCCUUCUUCGAAACUGCCCAUUCAGAGACAACAAGGUCUACAAGGACUACAAGGUGUAGCUGUUGCCUCUUCUUCUGGUUCCACCACUACCAAUGGAGCUAUGACCCAAAAGCCAAAAGCAAAUGCCCCUGUACGGACUAACGGUGGUCUUUCAGAGGGUGUAGAAGGACUAGAUGCAACAGUUGUUGUCCUAAGAAGAGACAAAAACUCUGGAACUCCUCACAUCCGACCUCCAUCCUACGUGCUAGCUGUUAAUGACAACCAUAGAGCAGUGACGCAUAAGUCUCCACCAUUGGUGAAGGCAGGCUCUGCAGAUGCAGCGAUGUGCUGGAUGUCUAAUGACAUGCAUCAAAGAAGGCUUGGAGACACACGACAUAAGUCAGGCUCCAACAACCUUGAUGACUCCCUGGAUUCAAUACCCUUCAUAGAUGAACCGUCGAGUCCCAGUAUUGAACUGGACAGUUCCCUCAUACCUGCCUGUUCGGUGAUAUCUGGAGCACCGAUCAUCACCACCAUCCCACCCAGCCCCACCUCGCCGUCGCCUUUCAUUCGACGCCAGCUGUCGCACGACCAAGAUUCUCUCCGUCUCACAAUUAUUGAGUCAGACUCUGGUACGAAAUCUGAGCGGUCCAAGUCGUGUGAUGAAGGCCUGGAUAACUACCGGGAAGAAAGCAGAGGGAGGUCCUUAAUACCUGGCCUGAAAAGUCUCAGGAAGGCUGCAGAUCGUUCAUCUGAAGACUCGGGCUCCAGGAGGGAUUCCUCUUCGGACGUCUUCUGUGACGCCACCAAGGAGGGUUUGCUGCAUUUUAAGCAGCUGAAUACAGACAAGGCCAAGCGUGUCGGAGGGGGGAUGCGUCCGUGGAAACAGAUGUACGCCGUGUUGAGAGGCCACUACCUCUGCCUGUAUAAAGACAAAAAGGAGGGGCAGGCUCACGCCAACUGCCAAGCGGUAGACGAGCCCGUGUCGAUCAGCAUCAAGGCCUGUCUGAUCGACAUCUCGUACAGCGACACCAAGCGUAAGAACGUGCUGCGGCUGACGACGUCCGACUGUGAGUACCUGUUUCAAGCAGAGGACCGGGAGGACAUGCUGGCCUGGAUCAGAGUCAUACAGGAGAACAGCAACCUGGAUGAGGAGAACGCGGCCUUCACCAGCCAUGACCUCAUCAGCAGGAAGAUCAAGGAGUACAACACCUUGAUGAGCCCGACCGGCAGCAAGACGGAGCCGUCACCCCGAACCUCACGCCAGUCUCUGAGCAUCAGACAGACGCUGCUGGGAGGGAAAGGAGAGACCAAAGCGACAAGUCCACACUCACCCAAACAACCCGAGCAGGAGAGGAAGAACAUGCACAAAGAUGACACCAGCCCUCCAAAGGAUAAAGGGACGUGGAGGAAGGGCAUCCCGGGGCUGAUGAGGAAGCCUUUUGAGAAGAAGCCGUCUCCUGGAGUCACGUUUGGAGUGAGGCUGGACGACUGUCCUCCUGCACAGUCAAACAAGUUUGUUCCUCUGAUCGUGGAGGUCUGCUGUAAUCUGGUGGAGGAGAGGGGGCUGGAGUACACGGGCAUCUACAGAGUCCCAGGAAACAAUGCUGCAAUCUCCAACAUGCAGGAGGAGCUCAAUAACAAGGGCAUGAACGAUAUCGAUGUCCAGGACGAUAAAUGGAGGGACCUCAAUGUGAUCAGCAGUUUACUCAAAUCCUUCUUCCGUAAACUUCCAGAGCCGUUAUUCACCAAUGAUAGGUACGCAGAUUUUAUCGAGGCCAACAGAACAGAGGACCCAGUGGAGAGACUCAAAGUGCUCAAGAGAAUGCUUCAUGAGUUGCCGGAUCAUCAUUAUGAGACUCUGAAGUUUCUCUCAUGCCAUUUGAAAACUGUGGCUGAUAACUCGGAGAAGAAUAAGAUGGAGCCGAGGAAUCUGGCCAUCGUGUUUGGUCCGACGCUGGUGCGAACCACAGAGGACAACAUGACCCACAUGGUGACACACAUGCCGGAUCAGUACAGGAUAGUUGAGGCCCUUAUCCAAAAUUACGACUGGUUCUUCACUGAAGAUGGAGACAGAGAUCCAGUGACUGUGUCGCAUGAUGAGAGCGCGGUGGAGUCGCAGCCCGUCCCCAACAUAGACCACCUGCUCACUAACAUCGGCCGUACGGGCACGUCGCAGGGUGAAGUAUCAGAUUCACCAACCAGUGACUCAGCUAAAUCAAAGGGUUCCUGGGGCUCAGGGAAGGACCAGUGCAGCCGCGAGCUCCUGGUCUCCUCCAUCUUUGCUGCAGCCAACCGCAAAAGAAAGAAGUCAAAGGAGAAGCCGCUGCCUAGCAGCUCAGACGACGAUCUGGACGCCGUUUUCCUCAAGAAGGAAAUCCCCGUUCAGAAGCCGAACCACCACGGCCUCCAGACUGAGGCGCAGAGCGAGAUUCGAUUGAGCCCCAACGCAAAACCCAACGCCAAGCAGCCGGCGCGAGCAGAGGAGAGGAAGGAGAAUGGGAGGACUGUGGAGCUCACACCCAAAGCCAAGAGAGAGCAUAGGAACUCUUUAUUCCUGAAGGAUAAAACUCCACCCAGACACCCUUCACCCUCGCCCUCCCCGUCCCCGAUCGUCUCCAGCUACCAAGCAGCUCCUCAGGGGAAGUCCUCUCUGUCAGAUCCCCCCUCCCUGCUGGAUGAGAACACCUCAGACCUCGGCACCAUGAGCUCCGGAGCGUCUGUCCCGAGGUCGAGACCCAAAAAGUGGACAGCAGGAACGUCCCUCGAGCUUCCUGCAGGAGCGGUUGCCGCGAUCGGAUCCGCUGCAGGCCCAGGAGCGUCUGCAGGUGCAGAGGUGAGCUCCAUCACCUCAGACUACUCCACAACAUCCUCCAUCACUUUCCUCACCGGAGCGGAGUCCAGCGCUCUCAGCCCGGAGCUGCAAGGAGGGGAGGAGGCGGACGAUGAACGCAGCGAGCUGAUAAGCGAGGGACGACCCAUGGAGACAGACAGUGAGAGCGACUUCCCCGUUUUUGCACCCGGUGGAGGCAGCAGUCAGUCGACGCCCUGCCCGGAUCAGAGUAUGGAGAAAACUGAACCAAGAGGAUCAGCUGAGGGGAGCACCACGCCAAAAAUGGAAGCACGGCGCCUCUUCCCGUCGCACAGAAUGAUCGAGUGUGACACCCUCUCCAGACGGUGGUCCCUGAGGCAGAAAACAGACAGCGAAUCGUCAGUAGAGGGCGUGUCUGGGAGUGCGGAGCGCAGUGAGGGUAGAGCAGAGUCUUCCACGCGGCUCUCCCGAGUCCUGGAGGUGAUGAAAAAAGGGCGGUCCACAAGCAGCCUUAGCUCGUCCUCACGCAGCGAAUCAGAGCGUCCCGAACCGGCCUGGCACCUUAAGAUCACCGAGCGACUAAAGUUCAGGAUCCGGACAUCAGCCGACGACAUGUUCGCGCAGAAGAACCGGACUCAAGAAGCCCGAGCGAAGAAGAAGAACAUCCGACGGCGGCACACCAUGGGCGGGCAGAGGGACUUCGCAGAGCUGGCGGUCAUCAACGACUGGAGAGAGCAGGGCGGCGUGGACCAGGCGGCCGAGCUGUCGCCUCUGGAUCGUCUCAAGCCCAGAUGUUCCUCUCAGGACUUCUCCGUCAGAGGCUGGAUCUCCAGAGAUCGCCACAGAGGCUCGGAUUCAAGCGGCGAGGUCGCACCGAGGGCCGUCCCCGAGGACGACCAUCCGGACGCACACGACGGAGCGGAAGAAAGGCCGCCCCCCUCUGCGUCUCCGGGCGCUCAGCCGCUCACAGGGGAGCAGGUCAACGGUAGCGGGCUGCAAGGCAAAAACAAAACCAACCUGACGCCGGACGCUCACCCACACAAACUGUCUGGAGCUCAAGUGGUCCGCUCGCGGUUCUACCAGUAUCUGUGAAAGUGAAACAGUGGAUUUAUCUGGAGGAUGAAUGCGUUAAAUGUACGAAUGUGUGUAUUUUAGCCGAGGUUACUGCACAAUAUUUUUUCUACAAAGUAUACUUUAUGUAUCUACUGUACAUACUGUGUAUAGGCUUCUUUGAUUGUUACUGGAAUAAUUCUACAGAGAUGUUUUAUGUGUGUGAUUCCUCUGAAUUGUCGGCCAUACUGGAACAGACGAUGGAAAAAAAAAAAAACUCAAACUCAAAAAACUUCCUCCUGCAAAAAUGCAAAAAGACAUUUCAUGUGGACUCUGUUACUCAGCACUAAUGAAAAAGAUUCAACUCGACUAUUACUGAAGAAAGCAUAGGGAAGCCUAUUUUUAAGGAAUGAUGCUUCAGUUCUUCCUCUUAUAAGCAUUAUGAAGAAUGUAAUCUCUCUUUGGACUAACACUAGUUGCUCAUGACAAUAUUUUUUUGUCAUUUUCAAGACGACAUGUAUGUUUUUGGUUUGCCUGUACUUGAAGUGUGUGGAGGUAACUGAGGGCUGCUUUCUGAGCUGCGUGCUGUGGGAAGGUUUUUUUUUUUUUUUUUCACAGCACACUCAAAGCAGCCAGAUAUUAGCUGGAAGGACCGGAGGAUUCUGAUAGUUUUAUCAAAUAAAGACUGAAAAACAAAACAGUAAUGAAAUGCUGAUACUAGAGUAUGUAAUGCUUGGUACAGUGCUUUUAAUUUCCGAACUUUGUCCAUUUAUACUUCAAAAAUAAGUUUUACAUGUGUGUGAAUUGUUUUUAUCUCAAAAAGUGCCUCUUUUUUUCUUUUUUAAACUGUUUUUACCAACAGUUGUGAAGACAAGAAGAAUUUUUAAAACAUUUACGGUGGUCUAAAAAAAAAAAAAAAAACUCACAGGCAUUCCAGAGAUUUUUCCUUUUUUUUUGUUUUUUUUUGUUUUUAGUCAAACUCACAGCAACAUCAAAGUGUUCAAAUGUACGUCCAUGUUUUUUUUCUUCGUAGUUUUACUUUCCCCUCUCUGUAUGUUUCCAAGUGCAGUCAAAUGCAUGGGCGCUAAAACAAAACCUGGGAGAAAGCGACGACAGACUUUGAAAUCUUUGAAACUGCAUGAGAUGACGUUUUUCUGAACAGUGAACAUCUCGCCCUCCCUCAACAAACACUGGAAAUAAAUCAUCUUUAUUAGA